ACACUCAAAACUCAUUAUCCAGUUCUUCUCAACAAUGGAGUUUUCCAAGUCAUGUUCUUCUCACCAUGUUCCAGUUAUGGUCGUCUUAGCUUUGAUGUCAUUGAUGAUGUUGUUGUUGCCUGUUAAUGGACAGACCAUCAACAAUCCAUGCACUCCGGCUAUGCUUACCACUUUCACUCCUUGCUUCAAUUUCCUCACCAAUAGCAGUGCCAACGCCACGUCGCCCAGCGCCGCUUGUUGUAACGCUCUUAAAAACCUCACGAGCAGUAGCAUGGGUUGCACGUGCCUCAUCGUCACAGGAAGUGUACCUUUCCGGCUUCCGAUUAACCGGACCCUUGCCGUCUCCCUUCCUCGAGCUUGUAACAUGCCUAAUGUUCCCCUCCAAUGCAAUGCGCCCCGUGGUGCACCUAUUCCUGCUCCAGGUCCAGUCUCUCUAGCACCCAAACUCUCCCCUGGAGCUUCACCAUCUUUAAGCCCCCAAAGUCCCAUUGUGCCGGAACCGACACCAUCUGCCGAGGUGCCUGAUUCCGGCACCACACCGGCUCUAACUCCACCAUCGUCCACAGCAGGUUCGGGAGCCCCGACGGCCGCAACGGGGAGCCGCCCUGUUCUCACCCCAUCAGCUGCCAACCCCGCUUACAGUUUCUCACCAUUCCUUUUGGUGUUCACAUUGGGAUUUGUGAUUUUCAAGUACUAAUUAUAUAAUAUGUAUUGAUUGAUUUGUUUGGUGAGCGGUAUUCUUUUAGUGGCUUGAACUGAAAACCAUUGUUUUGCCUUUUAAGAGCUAAUAUUGGGUGACUUUACAUUUUAUAUAAAAUAUACAUAUUAGUGUAAUUUUUAUUUAUUGAGUAAUAAAAUUUGUUUUUUUA